AAGUCAUCUAAAGGGUGGGCUUAAAGUUUCUGAAAAGAGUGAAAUCAGUCCAACAAUAUGAGGAGUCGAGAAGAGAAAAGGGUGCAGAUUCAAACUCUAUUGAGCGAGGGAUAUGGUGCCUCCCAAAUUUCGAGGAAACUAGGAGUUGCUUACAAUACGGUCAAACUGUGGGAAGGUCGCCGUACCGUGGUGGACAAAAAAAGGUCAGGCCGACCCACAGCAUUCUCCCCUACUUCAAAAUCGCAAAUAACAAGAAAUUUGAAAGAGAAAAUUGGUGGAUCCGUGAGGAAAACACUAAAGAAGCUGAACGAGUCGGCGAGGUAUCAAAAGAAGGGGAAGAAAAUAAGUCGUGCUGCGGUUCGAAAUUACGCAAAAAAGCAAAAAUGGGGCAAAACGGCUUACAAAAGACCUAAGAAACAGAUUCUGACUCAAAAAAAUAUUCAGGACCGAUUAAAAUUCGGCGAAACAGUCAAGAGAACGGGAUACUUGGGUGACGACAGACGGGCGCAGCAGAAACGCUCUCACAUUCUUUUCACUGAUGAAACCUGGCUGGAGGUGUCACCAACUGGUAACAGACAAAAUCAAAGAUACUAUACAGCUGAUCCGAAAAAAAUCCCGAAAAUAUUGACCCCAAAACUUGGUCUAAAAGUUAUGGUAGCUGGUGGCUUCUGUGCUCAAGGAGUUACAAAGCUGCAUAUGGUAAGUGGAGGUACCGUAAACGCUGCAUACUACAAAGACAAGAUCCUCCCACUUUACAUUAAAUCCAUGAAGGACCCAACUUUAUUCCCCCAACAACAGAAGGUCACCUUUCAGCAAGAUGGAGCACCAGCACACACUGCAAAAGUGACCACCAAAGUUUUGGAGGCGCUCCUUUUGACAGUGUGGGGGAAAGGGGUGUGGCCCGGAAAUUCAUCAGAUUUGAAUCCUCUGGAGAAUUUAUGAAUCAUUGUUAAGGAUUCUGCGUACA